AUUGAAUGAACUAAAAAACAUUUAAUCCACGUCACUUAGAGUCUGAUAUAUAAAUUGUGUAAACCUACUUGUUCUUUAGUUCAGAAUUUAGUGAAUAGAGAUUCACGAAAAUGAAGGCCGCUUACAUUAUUACGCUAUUACUACCUGUUGUAUUAAGUUACAACGUGAAUCCUCUUUCAAACGACUUUAUAAACUAUAUUAAUAGCAAACAAAGCACAUGGGUUGCUGGAAGAAACUUUGAUGAAAACCUUUCAAUCCAAGAGAUCAAAAAUUUAUUAGGAGCCAAAACAGGGAGAUUGGGAGUCGCUAAAGAAUUUUUACACAGUGAAAAUAUUCAAGUUCCUGAUUCUUUCGAUGCAAGAGAAAACUGGAAACAGUGCUCAGAUGUUAUCAGCACUGUUGUAGAUCAAUCGUCUUGUGGAUCUUGCUGGGCAGUCGCUGCAGCUUCUGCAAUGAGUGACAGACGAUGCAUAGCCUCCGAGGGAAAGCUUAAAGUACCUGUUUCUGCUGAAAAUCUGUUGUCUUGCUGCGAUUCCUGUGGAUAUGGAUGCGAUGGAGGAUAUCCAGUAGAAGCUUGGGCAUAUUGGCAAGAUACAGGAAUUACUACAGGAGGUCUUUAUGGCAGCAACCAGGGUUGUCAAUCUUAUUCGCUUCAACCAUGUGAACAUCAUACAGAUGGUAAUAAAGUACAAUGCAGCACUUUGAACUACAACACACCUUCUUGCAAACAUAAAUGUGACAAUCCAGCACUCAAUUAUAAGUCCGAGUUAACUUUUGCUUCAGGUUCUGUACAUUACUUCAGUUCAGUUGCUAAUAUUCAAAGGGAAAUAUUGACCAAUGGUCCGGUAGAAGCAGCUUUUGAAGUGUACAGCGACUUCGUGAAUUACAAAAGUGGUGUCUAUCAACAUGUCGCUGGAGAAUAUUUAGGAGGACAUGCCGUCAGAGUUUUAGGAUGGGGAGAAGAGAAUGGAGUUGCUUAUUGGUUGGUUGCUAAUUCAUGGAAUGAAGACUGGGGAGACAAGGGAUUGUUUAAAAUACGUCGCGGACAUAAUGAAUCAGGCUUCGAGGAGGCUAUUGUUGCAGCACCUGCGAAAGUUUAAUUGUAAACAAAAUAUUGGUAUCAAACUUAGAUACGUUUUAUUUUAAAUAAAAAAUUGAUUUCUAAACAUGU